GUGUUUUUUUUUUUUUGAAAGAAAAGAGAACGUUUUGAUAGUGCCAUACAUUGAAUUCUUGUGGAUGUACGCGAAGUUAGAAAAGAGGACAAGGAGAGAGAGAAAAAGGGUUGGUGAGCGACAUAAGAGUGGAUUCGCAUAUAUGAGACUGACCAAGUGCCUGCGGAAAAUCAAGCGCAUCGCACAAAUGAAGCUUCCGUUCCUGAGAGAGUCCGCCCGAAUCAACAUCAUGGAUGGAAUUAGCGAGAACAACCCCCGCGUGAUCGACGACGGGAGAGCUCGGAAGUUGGCGUCGGACCUCAAGCGGUGCUCCUACUACGAGACGUGCGCCACCUACGGACUCAACGUGGAGAGGGUCUUCCACGAUGCCUGUUCGAAGAUCGUGGCGCAGCGCCUGAGCCAGCAGGGCCUCACGCCCAACAACUCCCGGCCAGGAACCCCGACGCACCUCCUGCGCUAUCCCUCGACCAACAAUGGCUACACCCCCGCCCCGUACUCCAACAUCUCGGCGCCUCUGACACCGCAGAUCACCUCCAGCCAGCAAGUGACGCCGCCCAUCUCCGGCUCCUCUCCUAGUCAUAUGUUCACCAACACAGUCGCGAAGGAUGGAACCCUAAGGAGCAGCCACGGGAGCGGCGCCGAGCUGACGGCCAUGACCCGCACCGACUCGUUCCGCGACGACGGCUUCAAGCGCGUGAGUGCGCCCGGGGCCGUGACGAGCGCCACCUUCAUGGCUCCCCCGCCGCCCCCCACCACCACCCCGGCCCCGGCCCCCGCCACCAUCAUGGACGCCAUCCCCGCGCCCAGGGACAGCAAGGACCUGCCCACGCCCAGCUCCACGCCCACCACGUCCAGGAAGAGCCGGAGAAAAUCGAACCUGUUCACGCCGUCGAAGAAGAGCGACGAGAAGGACAAGAACAAGAACGGCGAGGUGGGCAGCGGGCGCGCCAUCCCCAUCAAGCAGGGCUACCUCUACAAGAAGUCCAACAAGGCCCUCAACAAGGACUGGAAGAAGAAGUACGUCACUCUGUGCGACAACGGACGGCUCACGUACCACCCCAGUUUGCACGACUACAUGGAGGACGUGCACGGCAAGGAGAUCUCCCUGCAGUACACCACAGUCAAGGUCCCCGGCAUGAAGCCCCGCGGCUCCAAGGUCGUGCCGGGCAGUGGGGGGAGCGACCCCCUGUCCGCGGAGAUGCACACCCUCAACAUCGCCUCGGUGGGCACCCCGGGGCCGCCGCUCACGGGCAGGUCCUCCCUUGGGGGGCCGCUGCAGUCAAACAAGGACAAGGUGACACUCACUUCAUAUGAGACUCUCCACGACCCAGCAGGAGUCAAUGGAUUAGACUCUGCUAGUAUAUCUUCUAAAAUUGAGACACCCAAUGUUAAGAAGCGACACAGGAGAAUGAAGAGCAGUGGGAAUAAAAAUGCUGAAUGCGAAGACUCCGACGGCUACGAGUUCAGCCUGGUGUCCCUCGACAACAAGCAGUGGCACUUCGAGGCCGGCAGCCAGGAGGAGAGGGACGAGUGGGUCUCGGCCAUCGAGCAGCAGAUCCUGUACUCGCUCCAGGGCAACGAGUCGAACAAGAGCAAGACGCGCCAGGGCCACCCCAUCGACGCCCAGACCAUCGCGACGCUCAAGAACCAGGUGCCGGGCAACCUGCAGUGCGUCGACUGCGAUGCGCCGAAUCCCGAGUGGGCUAGUAUCAACCUUGGCGUCCUGAUGUGCAUCGAGUGCUCUGGAAUCCACAGAAAUCUUGGGUCUCACAUCUCCAAAGUCAGGUCUCUCGACUUGGAUGAAUGGCCGCCUGGACCCCUAUCGGUCAUGAUGUCCCUGGGUAAUGAAGUGGGCAACAGCGUCUGGGAGGCCCACACGAGAGGCCAAGCGAAGCCCAACCCUCGCUCGAGUCGUGAGGACAAAGAGCGCUGGAUAAGAGCUAAAUACGAGGCCAAGGAGUUCAUUGCUAUGCCGCAGUCGGGCAUUCCUCUUAACGAACAGGUUGUCGACUGCGUGUGUCGCGGCGAUGUCCAGAGACUGUCGGCCUUGUUGCCUCACGCCGGCGAUGCGGUGAACAGCCCCCUCGCCCCCCACCGCGACUUGAGGACACCCCUGCACUUAGCCGCAGCCUUCCCCUCCUUGUCCUGCGUGCAGCUUCUACUCUGGUACAACGCCAGCGUGAAGAUCUGCGACGCCGAAGGGAGGUCCAGCCUCUUCUACGCCCGGACGGCUGGCGAUAAGGAGGUGAUCGACCUGCUGCUGCAGAACGGGUGCCCGGACUCCGUGGUGGCCGCCCCGCCCAUCACGCCCCACACGCCGGCGCUGUCCCACUCCACGUUCCCUCUGUCGACCAGCACGCCGCAGCCGUCGACGCUGCCCCGCAGAAAAGGCUCGAUAAGCAGGAAGCCAGAAAUGCUCGACAAACUCCAAGCGAGUGUGAUAUAGUUCCGUGAGCCAGUGAUAAAAUAGGACGUUGCAGUUUUAAAGGGGUUUACUCUAUAUAUUAAAAAAUGAUGAUGGUAAUAAUAAUAAUAAUAAUAAUAAUAAUAAUAACGAAUUGAUUGUUUAGACUCCAGUAACUUCAUGCCCUCUUCAUGCUAGUAAAUGCUUACUGCCUAGAUAUAUUUUGAGGCCACUUUAAGACUGUAAGAACACGUGACCAGUGACCACCAGCCAUGGCCUGCGUGGCCUGCCUGGGCCGUGCGAGCCGAACUCUUGUACCAGGGGAGGGAAAACACAUCAUUAGAGAGAGAGAGAGAGAGAGAGAGAGAGAGAGAGAGAGAGAGAGAGAGAGAGAGAGAGAGAGAGAGAGAGAGAGAGAGAGAGAGAGAGAGAGAGAGAGAUUGGGCUAGAUUACUCUGGCUAAUAAGUACGUACUCAUUGUCUGCCUGUGAUCAUCUAUUGGUGAUGUGUUGCAGUCGCGUGUCCUUUCGAAAACACAUCACACACUUGGAGAUCCUCAUCAUUUCCCAAACAUUCAACUAAGAAUUCCUUGAACUUGUGCAAAGUUCGCCGAGUAGAUGUACAUAGGAAGUGAGCAUACCAUGAGCCCAUUUGUAAACUUCAUCAUCCUGCACCCUCAAGAGUGUCGUCUGUCAUGGUUGUAAAUAUAAUGAACAAUGACGUACCAAAGGUUGAAUGCGAGUGAGAUAUAUAUUGUAGAUUUAUGUAUGUAUUGGUUCAGUCCAAGUGUAAAGAUGAUUAUCCUGCUCAAGAUACAAAUGUAUGAAGCCAAAGUUCAUAUAAUCCCUGUAUUAGAGGCACAUCAAGAGAUGUGUAGAAGAAACCAAGCUGUCGACCCGGAGGAAGAGGACUAAGGCACACAAGGUCUAUGUUGUUUUGUGUAUUAGCAUUGGGGAGUGUAUCGAGUGUGACAGGAUACACGAAGAUAUACGAAAAAGACCUAUGUUAAUGAAAAUAAGACACUUGGAUGGGUUACGAAGUCUGAAACUCGGCCCCACUCUUACUCAAAUUGAAUGUUUAUUAUGUAUUAGGGUCAAGUUAAAGAAAAGGUGAUACUAUAGUGUUAUAAAAAAAGACGUACAUCCCCGAAUGUUUCUAAUGGUUAUCUUUGGAUAUAUAAUUCUCGAAGGUCCCAAUUAAAACGAAAACCAAAACAGCUGAAACUUGGGUCGACUGUCUUCUUCCUUCCUCGAUGUGCCAUUGUCUUUGUUGUGCUUUCGUGUUACAGUCUCUCUAAAUCGACACACUAUGGGAUGGCUGCCGACGUGGCUCUCAUCUCUGAUCCAUAGUAUCUGUAAAACUCACAUUUCUUAAUAAAAAAAAAUGUAACUGACCUUUGUCACUUGAGGCCGAAAAAGAAUGGAGAGGACUGUAUAAGGAGGAUAUUGUUAGUGUACAAAUCUUGUUACUUAGCUAUCAUUUGUAUAUUUGUAUAUAUAUAUAUGACAUGUCCGUUCUUCCUAGCCCUGUAAUCUCAAAGAAUUCCUCCUUUUUAUGAUACAGUAAAAUAUAUUUGUGAAAAAGAAGCAUCAUCAUCAUUUAGACAUCAUAGAAAAGACCAUACCUCAGAUUUCUGCAUAUUGUGACUGUUCUGUAACCUGCCUGUGUUGUAACGAGAUCAGCAUCUUGUGUUUAUUGUUUUGAACAUUUUGUAAACAAGGCAAUACUCAGUGUUUAAAAGAAAAAAAUCACUUAUAUUGACUGAUCCUGUUACAAAAUUGACAAGAACAAAACCUGAGAACUUUAAUCUUUGGAGUUUUCAGUGACACUUUGGAAAGCCUUGACGUGUAUCCUGGGUAUUUUCCAAAGUAACAGUCAGAUCCCAUAUAAGAGAUUGAAAACCACAAAAAAUCAUACACCAAGUACUGUAAGUCCCUCUAUGUUUACCUGUAUUUAUUACAAACUCAAACCAAUAAAGGAAAGAAAGUAU